AUGAAGUCUGCUACCAUCUUCUCUCUCUUCUCCCUCGCAGUUGCUUCCCCAGUUGAGAAGCGACAAAAUCAGGCCGGCGUCAAUGAUGCCGCCAUCCUCAACUACGCAUUGACACUCGAGCAUCUCGAGAAUGCAUUUUACAAGGGUGCUCUUGCUCGCUACUCGCAGGCCGACUUUGCAGCAGCUGGUUUCGAUGCAACAGUGUACAAGAACAUCGUGGAGAUUGGCAAGGAUGAGGCAUCGCACGUCUCCUUCUUGACUCAGGCCCUAUCGGCGGCCGGCGCCAACCCUGUCAGCCCUUGCACUUACAACUUCCCUUACAACAGCGUUGGUGCUUUCAUGUCACUUUCCAAGACUUUGGAAGGUGUCGGCAUCUCAGCCUACUUGGGCGCUGCUGCCAACAUCACCACCCCAGCUUACCUCACAGCAGCUGCUUCCAUCUUGACUGUCGAAUCGCGCCACUCUGCCUAUGUUCGCGCUCAGCUGAAGCUCAGCCCAUUCCCCGGAGCAUACGACACCCCUCUGGGCUUCAACGGUGUCUACACCUUGGCAGCCGGUUUCAUCACCGCUUGCCCUUCGACCAAUGUUGCUCUUCCUGUCAAGGCUUACCCAUCGCUCAGUUUGACCGGCUUCACUCAGGUCUUCUCUGGCCGUCAAGCCAGCUUCACAACCCCUGCCACUGGCCUUCCUGCUUCAGGUGCCUUUGUCGCCUUCAUUUCUGGUGUCUCUGGACCAGUAUUUGUGCCCGCUACCACCUCUGGCUCGACCGUCACAGCUACAGUACCCUCCACGAUGUUGGAUGGUCAGAUUUAUGCGCUCUUGACCCGUCAAGGUUCAGGUGCAAUGAUUGUGCCCGCACAGGUCCUCGCCGGUCCUGCUGCUAUUGAGCUUGGCCUGCCUGGUGCUGUUGCCGUUGCAGCAUAA